UCCCCACCCAAGCAAAACAAAAGAGAGAAGAAAGAAAAGCUAAGCUAGCUAGCUAUUACUGAUCAUCAGAUGGCUAAAGAAUGCACUGAGAGCUCUGUUACAACCUCGCCUUCUCCACCGAAUUGGUGGGAUCUUCAUCAUGCAACUUCUCUUUCUUCAUGGAAUAAUACCAGCAGCACCCCCUGGCACCAACAUAAUCUUAAUUCAAACUCCUCUUGUGAGGAGGAAGUUUCCAUCUCUACCUCUUUUACCUAUGCCUCCAAUCAGUCUGGACUUACUGUGGACUCCUCUCACAGGCUUGUUCACGAACCUGCUUCCUCCACUGAGUUGAUUGGAGAGCAUACUCACGAUAACCAUCUCUGGAGCCAUGUAUUAUCAAGUGUUGGAAGCAGUGAAGAUUUGCAUAACAGUCAAGAUGUUGGAGAGAACUUACUUGAUGCACUGUCGUCAAAGAGUAUAUCAACUGGGAUAUUCGAACCUGCCUAUGAUUACUUGAAGAAAAUGGACAACAAUUGGGAAUUCACAAAUUCCUCAUCCUUCAAUGAUUUUGACAAGAACUUAAAUGGAGGCUUUGGUGAAAGCUCAACCGAAAACGAAAGGCUAAAUAAGUUGUCCAAGUUGGUCAGCCACUGGUCUAUCGCUCCACCAGACCCAGAAAUAAAUCGCCACUUCGAUCCUCAAACAUGUCAUGUCUCUUUGAGUUCAUCGAUGGAUCAUCAAUAUGAUUCUCAGCCUGAUUUUUGUCAUUUGAAACCAAGGUUAUUCACCGAUUCUACCUCAAAUGGGACAACUAGAAAUUCAGGGUUUUUAUCGUAUUAUGGUCGCCAUGAUUCUAAGGUGGAAAAUAAUAAACAUCAACACUGUGACACACCCACAUCCUUUUUCCGAAAAACUUUUAAUACAGGUGGCCUCGGAGAUUAUGUUGGACUCAACAGCACUAAUUCCAUGGUGGAAGGUGACAACAAAUACAACUAUGGAAUGUCUCAUUCUCAGUACUAUACAAAUGCCAGAAAUUUUGCUGAUGCUAUAACUAUCAGUGGUCGAUUAACCAAGCCAUUAAUUGAUAUCCAUCUUCCUAAACCCUAUUUUAAAUCCUUGAAUUCAUCCGAUUGUAAGAAGCGAACUUCUUCCCCGACAAAAAUCAAUGGAAGGGAAAGGGGAACUAAUGAAGGAAAGAAGAAAAGGUCUGAAGAAAAUUCAGAGGCAGUUUUAAAGAAAACUAAGACUGAGAGUUCUACAGCUUCAUCAGUAAAGGCACCAAAAGUCAAGCUUGCAGACAGGAUCACAGCCCUUCAGCAAAUUGUGUCACCUUUUGGAAAGACUGAUACGGCCUCGGUGCUAUACGAAGCAAUUAUUUAUAUAAAGUCUUUACAAGAGCAAGUGCAGUUGUUGAGUAAUCCUUACAUGAAGUCAAAUUCACACAAGGAUCCAUGGGGAGGGAAAGAAGAGGGAGAUGUGAAGAUUGAUCUAAGGAGCAGGGGACUUUGCUUAGUUCCAGUUUCAUGUACUCCUAAAAUCUAUCAUGAGAACACGGGAUCAGAUUACUGGACACCUGCAUAUAGAGGAUGCUUGUAUAGAUGAAGAAUUAUCUAUGUGUUAUGAAUAGCAAACAGCAAACAUUAUUAAGUACUCAACAAUAUGAGCUGUUCUCGAUCCCUUGCUAUUUAUAUUAGUGUGUUGUCCAAUAAAUAUAAUUAAACAUAUUUAAGAUUUUCAUAUAUAUGAAGUAUUCUAAAAGGUUUGAAUCUUAUAUUGCUUAGAUACUUAGUCUCUUUGUCCUUUAUAAGCAUUAUUGUUUCGUGGGUUUGUAAAGGGUUAGC